AUGCCUCACGUCAGCAUAGCAGAUCUUGCGCACGCCGGCCGAGACGCCUAUGCCCGCUUCCAACUCGACGACGAUGUAGACACGCUAACUCAGGCGAUUGGAUGUCUUAAAAUCGUCAACGAUCACACCCAAUUACCAACUGUACUGGCGGAUCUGGGCGUGUACUUACAUGACAGAUAUGGACUAACUGGGAAUUCAUCUGAUCUUGAGGAGGCCAUCGUCUACGAGUGUGAGUCCCUCGCUCGAAUGGGCCCGGAACACUCCAGUCGGGCCCGGAUUCUCAAUAACCUGGGCCAAUUCUAUAACUCGCGAUUUGAGUCAACCUUGACUCCAAGUGAUAUACAGCAAGCCAUAGCUCAGACUCAUCUUGCCGUGAUGGAGGCAGUCAAGCAUGAUGACGAGACGGCACCUGAGUACUUCGACAAUCUUCUGGAGCUCAUAGCCGCGCAGACAAGCUAUUAUGCUGCUGAGGAUGAUUCAACUGAAGCUUUUGGCAGGAUCGAGGAAGUUUUAGACGUUGGGCGGAACAUAGCAGAGCCCAGACACUACGACCAGAUUGCAAAUCUCUACUAUAUCAAGUCUGAAAACACGUCUCAGCUACCGGAGUUACUCAAAGCUAUUUCGCAUGCUGAGAGUGCCCUGGGUGCGACUGGAGAUGACACAAACUACCGGGCUAUCAGGUUGACAAACCUUGCCAACUAUCAGCUUACACAGUACGAAAAGACCUUUCAAGGAGAUAUGCUACAAGAUGCCAUUCGAAAUACGAGAGAGGCAGUCGAGCUUGCUAGUAAAGGCACAGAAAAUGCCCUGAUCGAAAGCAUGGCCCUGGCAAGCGCGCUUCACCACAAUUAUCAUUGGAAUGGGCAAGUAGAUGAUCUCCAUGAGGCAAUUGAGAUAGGCUUUCAAGUCGUCGGAGCGACUGCACAUCAAGAUACAGAUUGGCUGGACGGAAUGCAAAACCUUUCAUUAUUUGUCAGGUCAGGAAUCAAGGCUGACGGCGCCAUUGAUGACUUGACCGUUACCAUCGACUUGCUUCAGCAGGCAAUGAAUAACGAAAACCUUCCCCUCGAAGUUCAAAGCCGUUCUGCAGCGAUGGCAUUGGACCUGCUAGAAGACAAAUAUGAAGCUACUAGGUCUGAUCAAGACUUUGACCUUGCACUACAUGCUUACAGCACUGCAAUCAAUUACGAGAGUGAGGAUCAUGCCAUCCCCGAUGUUAUCUGGAAGCGCCAAUCUCAGGCAACAGGAACAAUGUCCACACUCUUCCGAAAGAGGUUUGAGCAUUUGAAGGAUCCGCAAGAUAUCGACACAUCCGUUAUGUUGGCUCGUCAAUUUUUAGCAAGUGAAAAUUCUCCGAGUCAUUGCACCUGCGCCAGUGCCUUGGCCCUCGCCUUGUGGACCGACUUCCGGUCCCGAGGCGGGAUGGAGAAGCUUGACGAGGCCGUUGAGUUGGCGAGGAUCAUUGUGCAACGCCAGCCGCCUAGAGGAGCAGACUACCCUGGAUAUUUGAACAACUUGAGCGGGAUCUGCCAGACCAGAUAUGAUGCGACAGGAAAUGAGGCGGAUCUGCAGAUCUGUCUAGAUUCAGCCCUCGAGGGACUGAGUGCCAUGGUGCCAAAUAGCAAUGUAACCCUUCGAAUUGCAAUGUUGCUUUCAGCAAGCUCGGCCUACAUUUCGAAGUCAGAGAGGUUCGGCGAUUUGGAAAAUAUUCAGCUAGCUGUCAGAUACGCAUCAGACGCGAGAGACUUGGCUAAGGACAAAAGCUUACCUGUGGAUGUCUUGAUAUCACUGGACUUGACCUUGUCACAAGCCCUUGCUCUUCGAUAUCACUACCUCCAAGCUCUUGCGGACCUUAACGGCGCUGUUGAGACUCUCCAGCAUGCCAGAGCCACGUCUUCAGAGCAUUUCUUGUUCUCGAUUGUCCUCAAUAAUCUCGGAGAAGCACUCAGAACACAGUUUUGCAGGACAAGGGAUGUAGAUUAUCUCAUCGAAGCUAUCGAAGCCCUGGAACAGGCACUACUUAUGUCAUCCCCAGGCGAUCCUGCGACAGCGAUGUAUCGAAGCAACCACUCCUUGAGUCUCUUCGAUCUCUUCAAGGUGACCCAGGAACGCGAGAUGCUGGAUAGUUCCAUAGAGUCUAGUGACCUUGCUAUUGAAGAGACAGAAUCAGGGAAUACACAGCUACCUGGGAGGUUGAACACUAGCGGCAGCUUAUACGCCGCACGGUUUGAGCUCACUAAGUCGAACUCUGACAUCGAUAAGGCGAUCAGCCAAACCCAGGCUGCUAUUGAUGCGACCGCAUCGGACAAUCCUCAAUGCGCCAAGUAUUACAACAACUUGGGGGGAUAUUUGAUGAAGCGGAGUUUAGCACGGGAGCUGGAUGACACGUGGUCCUCUGAAAAAUCGAAAGAGGAUAUGAGGGCGUCACUGCAGGCCUACAAGCACCUACUUUAUAUGGAGGGCGCCACACCUCUAGAACGCGUAGGAGCGGGGUACAGCGCUUCCUCGAUAGCAUAUAACGACAAGGACUUGAAGGGCGCCCAGGCAAUGAUACAGAAGACUAUCGAGAUGCUUCCCAAGAUCAGUCCCCUCGCACUUGAGCGCUCUGACCAGGAACACGCGUUGAGUGGUAUUUCCGGGCUCUCAUCAUACGCUACCUCAAUUGUCUUGGAAGCUAGUGCAGAUGCUUCACAAGCGCUUCAAGUGCAAGAGACUGGUCGUGGAGUAAUCACGGGUCUGGCCAUUUCAGCUCGUAAUGAUAUCAGCAACCUCGAAGCUCAUGCUCCCGAAAUCGCGGCUGAAUACAAGAAUUGCAGAGAUUUGCUUUCAUCCCAAGCCCCAACGGCGUCGAUUAAGAGUAGUGGAAUACCUUCAUACGAACAUGGGAAGGAUAGAUAUGAACUGAACAAGAAGCUCGAUGCAAUAGAAGACAAGAUCCGGAGAGAUGUCCCAGGAUUUGCCAAUUUCCAGCAACCUCCGUCUACUGACGACUUGAGGAAGCUCGCAGGCAAAGGGACACUUGUAUCGUUCAACGUCAGCCACAUCCGAAGUGAUGCAUUCAUCAUCACUGAGACUGGCAUUGUAUCUAUUCCACUGCCCGACCUGAGUGCGGAAGAUCUCACAAACAACGCAAGGCUAUUUUUGGAGGAACCGAUGAUCACUAUGGGUGGCCUGAGGACAAAGAAUGCGAGAAACAUAUCGCUGCUGGGUGUUCUGAAAUGGUUAUGGAAUGUGGCAGUACAUCCCGUCUUAGAAGCACUGGGAAUUCAAAAGUCGCCAGCAGAUAAGAAGCCACCCAGAAUCUGGUGGACUGCGAGCGGUCUGAUGGCCUUGAUGCCCAUUCACGCCGCUGGGGAUUACUCGGCAGAAGCCGGUUCAAGUAUCUUCGAUUUCGUUAUCCCGUCCUAUACCACGACGCUGAGAGCCCUCGCAUAUGCCCGUGAGACGGAGUGGAAGCCGCUACGAGGUGCUAAUUGCGAAUUUGCAUUUAUCGCCUCACCAAACAAGGCCAAGAAAGGCUCUGAGUUGUCAGUUGAAGAAUCAGUUCGUGAGCUGGAUGACGAGGUACAGCAGCACUGCAAGACAAGGGUUCUUGUGGCUCCAACAAAAACGGAGACUCUUUCAACUCUCGGAUCCUGUAACGCCGUUUACUUCGGAUGCCAUGGUCAAUCAGACUCAACCGAACCUUGCAAGAGCUACCUCAAACUCGGCACCGAUGCCGAUUCCCACUUGACGAUUGAAGAGAUCCAAGGCUCGAGGCAUCAAAAUGCACAGCUCGCCGUGCUUAACGGCAAACGUAUCAGCGAGGCACCUGGUCGAUGA